CAAUGCUGAGUGACAAUAACUCUGUGAAGCCGAGAAGUGAUUGUUCACCUCCUGUGCAGUGGUGUAAGGUGGAUGCACAUGAAGAUGAGAAGACCAAGUCGGUUUUUAAAAGGUACUUGCAAACUUCUUGCACUGUUUGUGGUUGGAGGGUGCUUCCUUUAUAUCCUCAAAUUACAUUUUGGCCCUGGAGAAUGUGACAGAACAAAAGUGGACCCCGAUCGUGUAAGGAGAGCACAACAGUAUGCCGAUGCUGUGUUGCAGGAACAGUGCCGACCUUCUUAUGUGAAGGAAGAAAUGCGGAGGUUAUUUGCAGAUAAAUACAGCAAGGACUUAUCUCCCUUUGUAAGAAAAAAUAUAAAUGAAGAUGAGGCUUUGUUUAAAUACGAACCUCCUUUUGGAUUUCACAAAUUCUUUGAUAAGCUUAAAAAUCUUCUUGAACUCUUACCUGAGCAUGAUUUACCAGAAGAUUUGAAGUCGAAACACUGUAAGCGCUGUGUUGUUGUUGGCAGCGGUGGAAUUCUUCGUGGAUCAGAACUGGGUCGCUUACUGAAUCAAUUUGAUAUUGUUAUAAGGUUAAAUGAUGCACCGGUUCAAGGAUACACAGAUCAUGUUGGUAACAAAACAACUAUACGGAUGACUUACCCAGAAGGAGCUCCCCUUUCUGAACACGAGUAUCCUCCUGCUAGCCUGUUUGUGGCUGUUUUGUUUAAAAGUGUUGAUUUCAAUUGGCUGCAAGCAAUGGUGAAAAACGAAACCUUGCCUCUGUGGGUGCGGCUCUUCUUUUGGAAGGAGGUUGCAGAGAAAAUUCCAUUUACGUCAAAGCAGUUUCGGAUUCUGAAUCCAGUCAUCAUCAAAGAGAUAGCUUUGGACAUUUUACAAUUUCCUGAACCUCGAUCAAAAUUCUGGGGUUGGGAUAAGAAUGUACCUACAAUUGGGGUCACAGCGGUUGUUCUGGCCACACAUUUAUGUGACGAAGUGAGCUUGGCAGGAUUUGGCUAUGACCUCGAUCAGCCCAGCACACCUUUGCACUAUUACAACAACCUCUGCAUGGCUGCCAUGAAUGGACAAACGAUGCACAAUGUGACGAGUGAAACAAAAUUCCUGCAAAAACUGGUCAAACAAAAAGUUGUCAAAGACCUCACUGGUGGGAUAUAUUGUGAAUUCUGCAGCAAAGACAGCUAGUGAUUCAAGCGCAGCGUGGUUUGGAUUUGUUAAAUUUCCAGAGGUUCACUGGAACAACCUU